AUGUCUCAAGCGACGAAGUCCCAGGAUCGUUGCGAGCUGAGCAUCGACUUCAUCGAGAACGAUCUGAUCCCGGAAAUGGCGCAAGAUCGUUGCUUCUGCGAGCCGAAUUCACGGGAGUUCGUCGAGUUCGAGUCGGCGACGGUUCGACUGGUCGAGAUGAGUCGCAGCAGCGAGAUCUAUCGGGUCGAGGCUGUCGUUCGUUUCUCUGGCGAGCCGGUCAACUUUCCCCUGUUGGUGAAACUGUUCCCGGAUGGGGAACAGCAGCCGAGCACAGCGUUCGACGCCUACCAAAACGAGGAGAUGUUCUAUUCGAAGAUGAGACUGAAGUAUGGGAACGAUCUCGUGCCCAGGUGUUAUCUCGCUGAUCUGGGUCGGUAUGGGAGGGCGGUGUUCGUUCUGGAGGACCUCGAGGCGGUUGGUUACACCCAAGCGGAUGGGGAAUUGGACGUGGAUCAGUUGAAAUUAUGCGUGGAGGUUCUUGGAAAGUUUCACGGCAGGGGUCUGAGAUUGAAGGCUACUGAACCAGACAUCUUCCGGGAGUACAAGGCGAAAAUGCUCGAGGUCAUCCUUACCGAAGAAUCGAUCGACCGUUUCGAGAAGAAAUCCUCCAGGUUAAUAGACAUCGUCGAAGCGAUGCAGGACACAGAAUUGACCGAGAAAGUGAAGAGGAAGUUGUCGACUAGCCCGAUGGAGACGGUGAAGCGAUCCGUGUCGGAGGUGAACGAGGUCUCGACGAUAUGCCACGGUCAUUUUUCACACGAUAAUCUGCUGUUCAAAUACCAGAACGGCAAACCGAUCGACGCGAAGGUGAUCGACUGGCAAACAAUGAGAUACUGCUCGCCAGCCGUCGAUCUCGGGCCCAUUCUACUGUAUAACACCAGCGACGAGACCGGUCCGACCGAACUUCAGGCGACGUUGACGGUGUACGUCGAGGCGGUCAGGUCUGAAUACCCGGAGAUAGCCGUUGAAAGAUUGAGGGAGGACAUCAUCGAGAAGCUGCCGCUGGCGUGCCUUAUCUUGUCCUUUCAGGAACACAUAAGCGACGAUAAACUCGCGCGAAUCGUUCUACAGGCGGAACGAUUGAACGUGUUCGACUGA